AUGGAUGUUAAUAACGAUGCCGUUCGUUUCAAAACGGGUGUUACGAACAACCCACCCCUUUACAUGGCCCAGAACACAACUCUCAGAUUUUGGGCAAUCGGCACAGACAUCUUCACCCUGAAUGCUGCCCGGAAACACUGGAAGAUGCCCAUUGGGAUUGUGAAUCCUACAAUCAUCAACCGUGACAGCACGACAAGCUUUGUCGGAAUAUCACAACUACCGCCACACUCUUCAUUUGAGUUGAAGAGGCAUGGAGACACAUGGCGAUUCAACGUGAAGGAGCUACACGAUCCUCUUUUCACCGCCGGGUCGCAGUUCACAGAGUCUUUGAGCGCAGCCGUAGCAGCAAUCACCAAGGAUGAGAGCGAGGUGGCCACUUUGCUCUCCGGGGGCAUCGAUUCUGGUGCCGUGACCACCUUUGCAGUCCGCGCAGGCAAGAAGGUCACCGCAUACAGCGCCGGCUCCCCCUGGGGAAACGAACAUGAAGAGGCGCAGGAGCUUGCAGACUUCCUCGGCAUUCCUCUCGUCCGCAUCGAUCUUUCGGCGGAGGAGAUCCUGGCUGCGAUACCAGCUUCCAUUCGUGCUCUGGGCACAGCAAACCGCGUGGCGGUCGACGUAUCACUUAUCGUGUCCGCGGUGAUGCGGAGGGGGGUAAUCAAGGAGCAGCGUGUCCUCACGGGCUACGGGGCUGACCCUUUGCUGCUGGGCCUACCACCCAAGUCAGUCGAGGUUGAAGCGCUGACGGAGGAAAUCAUCUCUGAAGUUGACCUCGCUCGUCACUGCUGCGAGCUGACGGACGCCGUGGCGCGCACGUGGAACAAGAAAUUGUCCCACCCAUUCUGGCACAGUGAUGUGAUCAAGCUGGCGGUGGACAUUCACCCACACUGCAAGGUCCAUGAGGGCCGCGAAAAGGCAUUCUUCAGAGCUGCCAUGGAACAAUACAUGCCGAAGCACUGCGUCUGGCGGCAGAAAAUCGGAAUCCACCUUGGUGGGGGAUUGCAGGGGGGCCUGGACACUUAUUUUGGAGGUGUGGAUCAGAAGACCAAGGUGUAUGCUGGGAUUUUCGAAUCUGUUGCCGAACGGCUUGUGCGGGACCCAUUGGCGAAGAUUGAUGACUUGUACCCGAAAUGUAACUAA